CCGGGUCCCUGGGCUUUGCGCUCUACUCGCCGGCUGGGGUCGCUCGGGGUUACUGGGUGUUGGUUGUUCCCGCUGUUCCAGCGUCGGAAGAGCUGGUGUUCGGCCGGUUUGAACUGCUUGUCCUGGAAGCUGUGCAUCACCAUAAUGAGGCUUGUAAUUCUUGAUAACUAUGACUUGGCUAGUGAAUGGGCAGCCAAAUACAUCUGUAAUCGCAUCAUUCAGUUCAAACCUGGACAGGACAGAUAUUUUACACUGGGUUUACCAACAGGGAGUACACCUUUAGGAUGUUAUAAAAAACUAAUAGAAUAUCACAAGAAUGGAGACCUUUCUUUUAAAUAUGUGAAGACCUUUAACAUGGAUGAAUAUGUAGGACUUCCUAGAAAUCAUCCUGAAAGCUACCAUUCAUAUAUGUGGAAUAACUUUUUUAAGCAUAUUGAUAUAGAUCCUAAUAAUGCUCAUAUCCUUGAUGGGAAUGCUGCAGAUUUACAAGCAGAAUGUGAUGCAUUUGAAAAGAAAAUAAAGGAAGCUGGAGGAAUUGAUCUUUUUGUUGGAGGAAUUGGUCCAGAUGGUCAUAUCGCUUUCAAUGAGCCAGGAUCCAGUUUAGUGUCAAGGACAAGAUUAAAGACUCUAGCAAUGGACACCAUUUUGGCAAAUGCUAAAUAUUUUGACGGAGAUUUAUCGAAGGUGCCAACUAUGGCUCUAACAGUUGGUGUGGGAACAGUGAUGGAUGCUAGAGAAGUAAUGAUCCUCAUAACAGGUGCACACAAGGCAUUUGCUCUCUACAAAGCAAUAGAAGAAGGAGUCAACCACAUGUGGACUGUUUCGGCUUUCCAGCAGCAUCCUCGAACUAUUUUUGUGUGUGAUGAAGAUGCUACUUUAGAAUUAAGAGUUAAAACUGUGAAAUACUUUAAAGGUUUAAUGCAUGUGCACAAUAAACUUGUGGAUCCACUAUACAGUAUGAAAGAAGGAAAAUGAAGGAGAUUGGAGCAAAAUUCUGCCUGAAUGAACAGAGCACUUAUAAAUAGUAGAUGAAUUUUCAGCUAUGCAAUAUGAUAAAACAUGGGGAAUUGUUGAAGACUGUCAUUUUUGAAGUCCAAUAUCUAUGUUAAACAUUCCAUAUUUAAAAUAUGUCCAUUUUUACUAGGGUUUAGGAGUAGUUGGCUCUCACAAUUAAUUGGCUAUUUAUAAAGUACAUAAGCCACAUAGACACUCGAUAAAACAGCACAGAAAUGAAAUGCCUGCCUGUUUAAAAAGUUAAAAAGUAAUUUUAAAGGUGAAGAUUCUGUAUAUCAAGUACCAUUCAUAUGACUCCAGUGGCAUUCUUAGAUUUUUACUUUUUAAUCACAUGAAGACACUCCAAGCCUUUCAAGUAUCAGACUAUCACUGCAAACCUUUAUGUUUGGAAUGCUGUCUUUCUUUGUAUUUUUGGGGCAUUACAUACAAGCUUUCUGCACGUGGUUGCCUUAGUCAUCUUUCUGCAAUAGCAUCUGGACAUCAAAAGUCCUGCUAUAUAUUGUUGGUACAGAAAAUCUAGAGAUGACAGUGCCUAAAAUACAGUUUACGUCCUUUUGGAAAGUAUGUAUAAAGUGCAUGAUUUUUGUGCACCUUCUUCUAUAGCACUUUUUUUACAAACGUGCUCUUAUUUUUAUGUAAUGACUUGGGUUCGUGCUUUUAAUAUAAGUAUUUUGGCAAUUAUGAGCUUUAUACCUAAGCAACAAACAUACUUAAGGAAAUUCUUUUGAAGAAAAUUUUCUGAUUAUUGUUAAACUUCAUAAAUGAUUAGCUUUAUUCCUUACAUAUAUAAUGUUUAAAAGGAUAAUAAAGGAAUUACUAUAUUUUAGAUUGUUAUAAUAACUUACAUCAUUAAACUGCAAAUUAAAGUACAUUGUUUUCUAUCUUUAAUUCAAAUAAAGGUUACCUAACACGUUAUCUAAAUUU